AUGGAACCACAAUUGCUCAGUGAGAUCAAAGAAAUUGCUUCAUCACCAAAGAGCUCACUCAUAAGUAAAGAAGCCACUCCAAACCUGUUUGAGUUCUAUGCCAAGCACAUUUUCAGUCUUCCAGCUAACAAUGUUCUCGCUGAAAGACAGUUCAACCUUUCUCAACUGUAUCUUAAUGAUAACAUGUCAGAGUUAUCAAAACAGGCCUUAAUCACAUUUGUUAAAAACAUUCUACAUAGUGGAAAAACCAACACCAGGACCACAGAAGCUGCACGUGAAGUUCACAAAGAAAGAAUGAAAGAA